UUACUGUGCGCGUGAUAAACAUAUACUCCUGCUGCUGUCGCGGCAUUGUUGACAUCGUGUUCACAUGAGAGAGGAGGUAUUCAACCAGGCAGUAAGGAUUUUUUUUCUCGAUGCAUUGAAGUCUGUUUCGAGAUUUGCUCUCUAUUAUAGUAUAGGGUCUAUACCUACAUCUUGCUAAAGUCGGACUGCAAACCGAGAUUAUCAUCGGUGGACCAAUAAGAGCCCUACCACUUGAAUUCUUUAAUUCAUCAUGAACCUGGGACUUCAACAGAUCAUGAAAUCAAUAAAACUCAGUCAAAUCUUAAUUAUAUUUAGCAUUUUCUCUGCUUCAUCGUCGGCCGUCUUCCGACCCCCAGAUGACUCGGCUAAAGAUUCGGAGGAAUCAGACGCACCUUGGCAUCCCGACUGGGACAAGGUUGUAAAGUGUAAGAGGGGAGACAUACACUCUCGCUUUCCAGCCUGUUGGUGUGGCCAGUACGCCAAAAUUGUGGAAGACGAUGAAGUUCCUGAGGAGGAAUGGGAAACUGAAGGAUACCACCAGAAAUUGCGUAAUAAUCGGAUUAUCUUCUACGUAUGUCUACCAUGUUCGUCUUGUCCAGAUGGGAUACUCAUGACCGGAAAAUGCAGACAAGGGCAGGACACGUCGUGCGACCUAGACCGGUGUAUGGAUCCAGACCAUGUAUUUGAUCGGGGUAAAAAGGCCUGUGUCCCCAACCCGAAGGAACCUGUGGAACACACUGAAGGUUUGUCGAUCAUCAACUUGGACGGACCGACUUCACGACCUACUGAAGACGUACCUCAACCACUCAUGACAGUUGAACUACCGCGAGAAGUUCCUUCCCAAGCAAAAGCUUGGCACCAGCAUCCUGGCGUCAUCGUCAUCGUCAUCGUCGUUUCCAUCGUCGCUAUCGCCAUUGUUAAUAUCAUCCUAAUCGUCACGGUAAUCCAUCGCAAGCGAGGGAGGUAUCGAACCCUGACCCGUUCCCCAAGCAACCUUUCCAGGGCAUCCACACAGUCGGGUUGUACGUGCAUGUAUCACUAUGAGACACCCGUUUGAAUAGAGGGUUGCAUUUCUGGUAAAGGUUAAAAAUAAUUUCUGAGCUUUCUCAUUCUUUUCAUGUCUAUUCGGAAGAAUAUCAAAUGAAAAUGUGCCUUGUAAAGGAAAUCUCUUCACUGGCCAUCAUUUUCGAAAUACGAAACAAGAAAUAGCUGAAAUGUUUAGCCCAAACUUUAUGUGUGUUAAGUCCCACAUGUGGGUCAUUUUUGUGUGCAGCGCAUUUGCUUUCCGGCAGGACCGAGUUAAUUUGUUAACCUUUUUAUUGAUUUCAAAUCCUCAUAAUGUACACCAAUUCGUAUCUACUACCUAAUCAACCUUUUCCAAAUAUUUUGAGUUUUCGUUCUCAGUGCAAUCGAGACUUGGCCAAAACUCUAAAUUAUCUUUAAUUUCGUCCAUCUUAAAUUUCUGCUCUCUGAGCUUUAUUCGUAAGAACAAAUGACAACGGUGUAAAUUACCAGUCCCUUGGUUACUUAGGAUAAUUCUUCAUUUACUCGUCUGUUUUUGUAUUGUUUGUUUACUUGUACUUGAUUUGUAAAAAUGC